AUGGCUCUAGAGGAUGUUAGAUCCCAGCAGCUGCAGUUAGAAACGAAGGCAGAUGACUCAAUCAAAGUCGAUGUUACCGAUGAGGUGGAUUUUGUCGCUUAUUACGAGCAGACUUCUGGCCGUUUGGUAGUUGACCCCGAACAGGCGAAGGUCGAGUUUGGGGAGGUAAUGGCCUCUAGGCUCAAGCUUAGCCCUGAUGGGUUGAAGGUUUAG